CGUCGCUACAGCUAACUGCUGUGUAGUGUCAUUGUAAAAUGGCUCCGGUGCAGAUAGGCUCAGAUGGACAGCUGGUCCCACUCGGAGGUCCGGUGGUGUCCGGACCGCAGCCACCGCCACCCGGGACUUCGGCCACUCACGGUAUUCGACUAAGCCUGCUGAUAGAGUUUCUUCUCCAGAGGACCUACCAUGAAAUUACCCUGUUGGCUGAGCUACUUCCAAGAAAAACAGAUAUGGAAAGGAAAAUUGAGAUUGUCCAAUUUGCAAGCCGAACCAGACAGUUAUUUGUGCGGAUGCUGGCACUGGUAAAGUGGGCGAGCAAUGCAGGCAAAGUUGAGAAGUGUGCGAUGAUUUCCAGCUUCCUGGAUCAACAGGCCAUUUUGUUUGUAGAUACAGCUGAUCGUCUGGCAUCGUUAGCCAGAGACGCCCUGGUUCAUGCCCGUCUACCGAGCUUUGCUAUUCCUUUUGCCAUUGACGUACUCACCACAGGGUCAUACCCACGACUGCCAACUUGCAUCAGAGAUAAGAUCAUUCCUCCAGACCCCAUUACCAAGACUGAGAAGCAGACCACCCUUAAUCAGCUCAAUCAGAUUUUAAGACAUCGCCUGGUUACCACAGACUUGCCUCCACAGCUGGCAAACCUCACAGUUGCUAAUGGACGUGUGAAGUUCCGUGUGGAGGGAGAGUUUGAGGCCACUCUGACUGUGAUGGGUGAUGACCCAGAUAUUCCAUGGAGGCUGCUUAAGCUUGAAAUUCUAGUGGAGGACAAAGAAACUGGAGAUGGUCGAGCCUUGGUUCACAGUUUACAGGUCAACUUCAUCCAUGAGUUAGUCCAGGCACGUCUCUGCGCAGAUGAAAAGCCCCUGCAGGACAUGUAUAACUGCUUGCACUCGUUCUGUCUGUCACUGCAGCUGGAGGUGCUUCACUCUCAGACUCUCAUGCUGAUCAGAGAGAGAUGGGGAGACCUGGUGCAGGAGGAGAGAUAUGUACCCGCAAAAUACCUCACACUGGCUGUUUGGAAUCAACAGAUAUUGGGUAGGAAAACCGGAACAGCCUCAGUACAUAAAGUCAUGAUCAAAAUCGAUGAGUCGGACGGAUCAAAGCCAUUACAAAUCUCCCAUGAGCCUCCUCUGCCUGCCUGUGACUCUAAAUUAAUGGAGCGGGCUAUGAAGAUUGACCACCUGUCAGUGGAGAAACUUUUAAUUGACAGUGUACAUGCACGGUCUCAUCAGAAGCUGCAGGAGCUAAAAGCCAUUUUAAAGACCAGCAAUCCUGGUGACAACUCAUUCGUUGAGACGGCUCUGCCCACACUAGUCAUUCCCAUCCUUGAACCCUGCGGUCGUUCAGAGUGCUUACACAUUUUUGUAGACCUGCACUCUGGCAUGUUCAAGCUUAUGUUGUAUGGAUUAGACCAAUCAAUGCUGGAUGACAUUGAAAAGACCAUCAAUGACGAUAUGAAGCGCAUCUUGUCUUGGCUACAACAGCUAAAGUUCUGGUUGGGGGAGCAGCGUUGCCGGCAGUCUGUGAAGCACCUUCCUACGAUGUGCACUGAUGUCCUCCACCUCUCCAACUCAUCUUCUCAUCCUGUUGGCAGUUUGUCUAAGCACAAACUCUUCAUCAAGCUAACACGUCUGCCCCAAUACUACAUCGUGGUUGAAAUGCUUGAGGUGCCUAGUAGUGCCACAGCCUUGGAGUACAAGUACUCCUUCCUGUCUGUAUCUCAUCUGGAAGGAGAUGACGGACCCAUUUGUGCACAGCUACUGCAGCACUUCAAGCCCAAGCUAGAACAACUAGUCCAGGACAUUAUAACUGGGAAAGUUGUCAAACCAGGAACAAAGAGAAAGAUACCUGGAGAGCAAGGAGAACCUGAGCCAAAAAAGCCUAAGCGCUCUGGGGAAAUGUGUGCCUUCAACAAGGAGCUGGCUCACCUUGUGGCUAUGUGUGAUACCAACAUGCCUUUCAUUGGCCUAAGAACUGAGUUGUCCAACAUGGAGAUUCCAAAUGCUGGCGUCCAAGUGGAAGGAGAUGGCAGCAGUCAUGCAAUAAGACUACUGAAGAUUCCUCCCUGUAAAGGAGUUGGAGAGGAGACCAGAAGAGCUCUGGAGCGCUCCCUCCUGGACUGCACCUUUCGAUUGCAGGGUCGAAACAAUCGAACCUGGGUGGCAGAACUGAUACUAGCUAACUGUCCUCUUAACAGUACACACAGCAAGGAGCAAGCAUCUACACGGCAUGUAUAUCUGACCUAUGAGAAUCCUCUGUCAGAACCUGUGGGUGGACGUAAGGUGGUUGAAAUGUUUCUAAACGACUGGAAUGCCAUCAGUCAGCUGUACCAGUGUGUUCUCACCUUUGCUCGUGCUCUGCCAGAAAUGCCAUCCUACCUGAGCCUGUUUUCUGAAGUGCGGCUCUAUAAUUACCGUAAGUUGGUGCUGUGUUAUGGCACCUCCAAGGGCAGUUCCGUCACUAUUCAGUGGAACUCCAGUGGCCAGCGUUUUCAUCUCGCUCUGGGAACUGUAGGGCCGAACUCUGGCUGCUCCAACUGCCACAAUAUCAUUCUCCACCAGCUACAGGAGAUGUUCAACAAAUGCCCCAAUGUUUUGCAGCUGCUGCAGGUGCUGUUUGAUACACAAGCUCCUCUCAAUGCAAUUAACAAGCUACCAACAGUGCCCAUGCUUGGCCUAACCCAACGCACCAACACUGCCUACCAGUGCUUCUCCAUUUUACCACAGUCACCCACGCACAUCCGGUUGGCAUUCAGAAAUAUGUACUGCAUUGACAUAUACUGUCGCAGCCGCGGUGUGGUGGCCAUCAGAGACGGGGCCUACAGUCUCUUUGACAACACUAAGAUUGUGGAGGGCUUUUACCCUGCUCCAGGUCUCAAGACAUUCCUAAACAUGUUUGUAGACAGCAACCAGGAUGCUCGCAGACGCUCUGUCAACGAAGAUGAUAACCCACCCUCACCAGUGGGUGUGGACAUGAUGGAAAGCUUGAUUAACCAGCAGCAACCACCUCAACAGCCACACGCAAUGAGGGGUGGGGCAGCAGGGGUAUAUCCUCUCACCUCCCCACCAAAUUACCACGCUAACGUCACUCCUUCACCCUCUAUGAUGCCCACACAGUCGCCAGGGAACAUCCAUACCUCUGGCUCCCCUAGUGGGGCUCUGAGGGCACCAUCUCCCUUUGGGCCCACCCCGUCUCCGUCAUCUCUGGGUAUAGCCAUUGGUCAGACCAGCUUUGCCAGUCCUCACGGAGCCCUUGACCCCAGCUCUCCAUACCCUAUGGUGUCACCCAGCCACCGUGGCCAGUGGCCAGGGUCACCCCACCAAGUCUCAGGGCCUUCUCCUGGGGCUAGAAUACCAGGCAUGUCUCCUGGUAAUCCAUCACUGCACUCACCUAUCCCUGAUCCUCAUUCUCCACGUGCCGGGACCAGUUCUCAGAUCUUGCCUACCAGUAUGCCUCCACCCCGCAAGCUACCUCAGCGACCCUGGGCUGCCUCCAUUCCAACUAUUCUCACCCACAAUGCCUUGCAUGUGCUUCUGCUGCCUUCACCCACCCCUUGCCUUGUACCAGGUUUGGCAGGAAGCUACCUCUGCUCACCACUGGAGCGCUUUUUGGGUUCAGUGAUUAUGAGACGGCACCUGCAGAGGAUC